AUGAAUCGUAGGCACCUCAUUUUUCCUUCAGCCAUCUUGAUGGAGAUGAGUGCUAAAGAAAAUCGAUCCGGUGACGAGAAAGUGGAGAUCGAGGAUGAAGGGGAAGAAACAAUGAUGAGGGAGAUUGUCUUAGGUCUCCGUGCUUUGUGUCUCCAAGAUGACUUCUGGGAUAAUCCAAAUCAAGAUGACAAUAAUCCCGACAAGGGUAAAACUCUUAUCGAAAAUGUCGUUGCUGCCGAGGAAGAGGCGAUCAGAGAUAAGGGUAAAAGGGAUAAAGAAAAGGAACAGACGAGCAGAAGUGGAAGCAAGAAACGAUCUAAGAUAUUGAAGAAUGAUGUUGCAGGAACAUCGAGAAGUGGUUCGACCAAGAAGAGAGCCCCCGAACUCAUCGAUCCACCUGCUGGUCCACUAGUUUGCCCUUAUUGUCAGAGGAUUUUUGGGUCAUGGAAAGCGGUUUUCGGACAUUUGAGGGCCCACAAGGAAAGACAACACCACGGGUUUCUCCCGCCUCCUAGGUUUUCUGCAGCAGGUGAAGGGAUCACCAUUGGUUGUAGUGGUAGUGGCGCUGCCAAAUCUGUUAUUUUCGUUGCUUCAAAUCUCGAUGGUAGUAGUGGCGAUGGUGAUGGUAAAAGUCUCGGAUUUGACUUAAACGUAGCACCGGGCGAAGAUUCUGAGGACAGUAUUAUAUCAAACCCUAACCCUAAAUCUUUUGAUCUCAACAAAAGUCCUCCUAAAGAGGAAGACCCUGAAGAAGAUAUACCUUAAAAGGGUUUCU